CCCAUCGCUAUCUCGUCCCGGUAUUUGAUCACGGUAUGUGAUAUGCUAGAUGUGGACAAAGCCAAACUGCGGCGGCUGUUUCUGUGCAACGACUGCAUUCUCAUUACCACAGCCACGUCACCACGCAAUCUGUUUGGCGGAUCAAAGCAGAGCUCAAUGGCAGGCCAGAACGUGGACAAGACGACCUUCCAGUUCAGUCAGAUUUUAUAUCUGGAGAUCACACAGACAGAGUUCAUUGAGGCGUCCUCGAACGCUGUACGUGCGAAAAAGACCUCGAAACAGGUACGGAUGGAUGUUUAUUGA